AUGUCCGCCCAACAGCAAUCUCUCAGUCAGUGGGUGACACAGAUCAACGAUACUUUGUUUAUCCAACCAGAUGACGAAGUCGCCCUCAAGGCUGUUGAUGAGCAAGUUGACCCAGGCUUAGUAGUCAGGAUCAACCACAAUGUUUACAGUUACGAUCAAUUCAAAACAGGCCUCCGGUAUGCUCGUGCUUCCAGUACAUCAAUCCAAGACGAAUUUUCUGUUAUUCUCCAAUGGGAGAACUUGGAGAAGCAGGACGGCGUGGUGGCUGUUCUUAGUAAAUGGACGUCCACGGACAAGACAUCAGGCAAGGAGACCAAGAAGACCAAUGUGAUUCUCUGGGAGGUCAAGUGUAUUGAUGGCAAGAGGAAGCUUACGGGGCAGACUGAGGUGGAGACUAUGUGA